AUGGACAAGACAGACAGCAAGUCAUGGGAGGUGAGGCUCUUCGGAGAACGACUAUCAGAGCGCCCGUCGAAUCGUGAUCAUGCCAUCGGUGAGCGCCUACAGAAGGACAGUAUAGCCAGUAACAACACCGAGAGAGGACUCUAUCAAGCAACAAAUUCUCCGGGACAACAUGAUGAUGCCUUCUUGAGGAUGACUCCUCGGGGUCAUGCAGCAGUAUCAGGAUUCCAUGACCUCGUCAAGCUUCGUAACACGGAGCAGCUGACUUCACUUCAAGCUCAGUACAUACAUGUGACAGGCAGGAAUCAUGUAUCAAAGAUAGAGGCGAUUGUCGAUUCCGAAACCGAAAGCACCAUUGGCCAUAGGCUUCACCACCGCGAACUUUAUGAAGGACACUUUGUCCUCGGAUGGCACCUUAAAUCCUUAAGUCGACCUGGAAGGUUUGUCUUCGGCCUCGGACUGGCAGGAUCAGAUGACGGAGGCUCAGAUAUCCUGCUCGCUCCACCAUGUUCUCCGUGGUCUGACUUUAUCCAACGACAACACUUUACAAUGCAGAUGCAUCCUCUAACGGGAGCAUGGACAAUCAAAGCGCGUGCCAAGAUGAGAGUCGGCACGGCUGUUCUCGAGCCAGGUACAUCAACCUGUCUGUCUAGUCCCUCGACAGAAAUUGAAAUCAAUGGUAUGCUAUUCACUCUAGAAUUUCUCGUCGAGACCAGGGAGCAAAAGCGGACCUACAUCGAAGCGAGGGACAAAGCUCUCAUAAAGCAAUCUUCCUUCCCAGGUUCUCGUGGCUCCGCGAUACCCUUCAAGACCGAUAUGUACUUUCAUGAGGCACUAUGCAGUGGUACAAGCAUAGGUUGUGGAUCAUUUGGAAUGGUUUCUGAAGGGUAUCAUCCAGAGACUGGCGACCCUAGGGUCAUCAAGCAAAUUUCAGUCAAAGAUAGUCCAAGUCGCUUGACCGUACAAGAUGAGAUAAAGGCUUUGAAAGAACUCCAAGGGCAUAUUGGCAUCACAAAACUCUUUAGCGUUGAGACGCUACGUGGAAACGCGACCUUGACGGAAGACAUUCCUUACCAGGUCUACCUUAUCCAAGAGAGGGGCAUUUCCUUCACCAACUUACCAAAUACUUUUGGUAAUUUCCAUGCACACCGGAACGCAUGUUUGAUGUGGGACCUCUUGAUGGGACUCCAUGCAAUACAUUCCAAAGGUUGGAUGCAUCGCGACAUAACACGCGCAAAUAUCUUGUACUUCAACGAAAACCCACCCCGGGCAACUUUGUGCGAUUUUGGAAAGGUGUGCUUCGAAGUCAACAGCACUGACUAUCGCAUCGCCGCUUCAAUCUAUCUACCUCCGGAGGUCAAUGGAAGUAGGCGAUAUGACAAGUCCAUUGAUAUCUGGAUGCUUGGCCUGGCAUUAGCUAGCCAAUUUUACAACAUGAACGCCACUCCCAAGCACGCCAACACGUAUCCAGGCUUUAUAAAACGCUUGCAACAGGACAAGACAUCCUUCAUACCAGGAUUGCUCGCUAUCAUGAUGGCAUGGAACCCGGCAAAUCGCCCAACAGCAUCACAGCUUCUGAGACAUCCGGGUUUUCAGCCCAUCGCGGCGCUCAAACGUGGAGCAAUGGGAGGGAGUAAGCGCUCUCACUCGAACACAGAGACUCCCAACGGUGGAGCAUCGAAACGAAUCAAGCCAAUCGAGGAAGAUGGCAAGGUCACAGAUGAAGAGGUCCUCAGGCUAGGAGGAGACACUCAAGCUGGUUAG